GCCAUCAGCUGAGACAUGGCAUCGGGGCCGGGCCCAGGCCCCCCCCAGCAGGACUGCGGGGAGCCCGACCUGUCCUCCACCACAGAGGAGCAGGUGGCCCUGGACACUGAGGAGGUGUUCCGCAGCUAUGUCUACCACCGGCACCAGCAGGAGCGGGCCGAGGGCGAGGCUGUGCCCCUCGACCCGGAGAUGAUCACUCUGCCCCUGGAACCGAGCAGCACCAUGGGGCAGGUGGGCCGGCAGCUCGCCAUCAUCGGGGAUGACAUCAACCGGCGCUAUGACGCUGAAUUCCAGGCCAUGCUGGAGCAGCUGCAGCCCACAGCGGAAAACGCCUACGAGUAUUUCAUCAAGAUCGCUAAAAGCCUCUUUGAGAGCGGUAUCAACUGGGGCCGCGUGGUGGCGCUCCUGGGCUUCGGCUACCGCCUGGCCCUGCACGUCUACCGCCGCGGCCUGACCGGCUUCCUGGGCCAGGUGACCCACUUCGUGGCCGAGUUCAUGCUGCACAACUGCAUCGCCCGCUGGAUCGCACAGAGGGGCGGCUGGGUGGCAGCCCUGGACCUGGGCAAUGGCCCCAUCCGCAACGUCCUCAUCGUGCUGAGCGUGGUUCUGCUGGGCCAGUUCGUGGUACGAAGAUUCUUCAAGUCCUGACCACUCCCCCCACCUCAGGGGCCCUUGGGGGAGUUUGUUGCUGACACCCCCCCUCCUGCCUGGACUUCAUACAAGUCUUCCCCUCACCCUAUCCCUCCUCCCCUGCAGGGGUCACUCCCUCAAGACUACAGAAGCUUUAGCAAGUGGGCCUUCGAGCUCGGGAGCGCCCUGCCUGGGCUGCAGGGCCCCCCAACAUUGCAUGGUGCUAGUGCGCCCCAUCAUGCCAGAGAGGGGCGACAGCCUCCGUCCUCAGCUCCGGGAGUCCCCCCAGUCCUGUCUGCUGGAGGAGGGUACUUGAGGCUUGAGCGUGGGUGAACCACUUUCCCCCAAGUUUUUACCUUUUUC